CUCCAUUCUCCGCUCUAGAUUAAACGUUAAUCAUUAAAGCUGAGUCUUCUGAAAUGGAGAACAAAGCAGAUACCAAGAAGAGCUCUUCAUCUAAUACAUUAUUUCCAAUGGCCUGUGGAGAAGGGCCAUAUAACUAUGCCAAAAAUUCCAACUACCAGAAAACCGGUUGGGAUUUAGUAAAGAGAUUAACUUCUGAGGAGAUCUCCAAGAAGCUUGACUGCAAGACAUUGUAGAAGCUGUAAAAUCAGAACAGAACCAUUCCAAACAUAUGGAGUUUCAAGUUUUCUUUAAUGAUCACAGCGCAAAUGACUUCAACACUCUCUUUAGGACUCUUCCAUCCGAAAGAAGUUACUUUGCAGCUGGUGUUCCAGGUAGCUUUUAUGGUUCCUUGUUCCCCAAGGCUAGCCUGCAUUUUGUUCUUUCCUCCUAUACAAUACACUGGAUGUCGAAGA